AUGUCUGACAAAACCACACAAAGAUCAGAUUUUGUGGUUUAUCCCUAUGAACAUCCAUAUAAACAUGUACCGGCACCGUACAAAGCCCCGGAGGGUCGAAUAGAGAACAGUACAUUGUAUCGAAAUGAGUUCACGGAGAAGAACUGCGCGCCUGCCCAACCGAUAAAACCACCACCACGCAAAUCUUGCGGAGCCAAAUUUGAAGGCCAGCCGACUUAUCGAACUGAUUACAGACCAUGGGAUCUUCCCCCAAUUGUGAGCUAUAAACCAACCGAGAAUCGUCCAACGCCGGCCAAAUUUGACGGAGAACCGAUUUAUCGGCGUGAGUACGUCCCCAAAUGCAUUGCUCGAGUUGAGACCUUUAAACCUGAUAAUGAGUUGAAGCUCUCAAACGCGCCGUUCAUUGGUGACACCAAUUAUCGGACAGAAUUUGUACCACGAGAAAUUGAGCCCAGAGAGGAGAAGAAGCCAACCCUACUGGUCCGCCCAAAAGUUCCAUUCGAAACAUUGACUACGAAUCGCAAAGAUUUUACGGCAAAAGAAUGGUGUGAGUACUUCGAGCUAUGUGUGAACCCAUGCCUAUUACAUCUUAUUGAUAAGUAG